UGGGAGGCGGGCGGGGGAGGCACCGGCCACACAGCGCCACGUCCCAGACUCGGGAGACGCUUAGAAACUUGUCUCCUUCGCUCCCGUCCACUUGAUUCCUCCCACUCGGGCUCCGUUAAGAGAGGCCACAGCUGUGUGCCUGGAAGAGAAGCCCAUGGCGGAUUGUGGAUGAUUGCGGUGGAGCCUUCACUAUGGGUGUCAUCGGCGGCGGAGUCUUCCAGGCCAUCAAGGGCUUCCGUAAUGCCCCUGUCGGAGUCCGGCACCGGCUGAGAGGUAGUGUGAACGCUGUGAGGAUCCGAGCCCCCCAGAUUGGAGGUAGCUUCGCAGUGUGGGGGGGCCUGUUCUCCACCAUCGACUGCGGCCUCGUGCGGCUGCGGGGCAAGGAGGAUCCCUGGAACUCCAUCACCAGUGGAGCGUUGACCGGGGCUGUGCUGGCUGCGCGCAGUGGCCCAUUGGCCAUGGUGGGCUCAGCCAUGAUGGGGGGCAUUCUGUUGGCCCUCAUCGAGGGUGUUGGCAUCCUCCUCACGCGCUACACUGCCCAGCAGUUCCGCAAUGCACCCCCAUUCCUGGAGGACCCCAGCCAGCUGCCCCCUAAGGAGGGUACCCCAGCCCCAGGCUAUCCCAGCUAUCAGCAGUACCACUGAGGAAGCGACCGCCUGUCACCGCCACCGUGGGAGCUCCUCCUCGGUUCCCUCCCCGAUGAUCUACCUCGAAGGGAGGGCUGGCUCCCAGUUGGCCCUGGGACCUUCCAGAGAGGGCCUCUACUCUGCUACCUUGUCCCAGGGUGGGGGUGGGGCACCCCAGCUGCCCUGACAGGGCACCCCAGCCCCACACUCACAUGUAACAAGCUCUCACCCCAGUCCUUUCUUGUGGCGCCUUGAUGAGUAUUUAAAGCUAGUUUUCAAAUGCCUA